AUGCCUUCAUUUGAUCGUGAGAAUACCUCCCCCAAGAAUAGCAGGAUGUUCAUCCGGAUUAUCGAUCCAUACUCACGAUUCGCAGCUCGCCCAGACGCUGCCGAUACUGACGGCAUCGGCUUGCCAGAUUCAGGGAAAGACCCGAAUGGAGCUCAAAGCUACGAUGAUGGGAUGUACUACGGUACUUCCACAUCACAAGCACCACCCGCGGCGUUAUCACCGUCUAACGUAUCACCAUAUGAAAGCACUGCCAGUAACAACAACGACGUCACGCCUACAACAUCUUCAGCAAACGGCAAUACUACUAGCAGUACCACAGACAAUUCCAACAGCGACGGCGGCGGCAGCGGCGGCGGCUUGAGAACAAACACCAAAAUCGCCAUUGCCAUCCCCGUUGCCGUAGGCGGCGCAGCACUCAUAGCAGCCCUCGUCUUCCUAGUCCUGUUCAUGCGCCGACGCAAGCAACGCAAAGCAACAGGAGGAGCAAAUACACCUGUCAAUUCACAAGUAUACAUACCAAAAGGAAACCAACAUGGACAAGCAACCCCGCAAAUGGAAAUGGCUGCAGCUACCGACCCAGCCUCAGUCCCGUCAAACAAUGACGGCUGGACAAUGCCGUCCCAAACACACAACCUGCAACCACCCUUCGACGGCCCUCUCCCGCAACAACACAAUUCAGCACCGGUUCUCCCUGAAACGUACCGCUCAAAUGACCCAGGUAUGGGAAUCGGAUUAGCUCUAACACCUGAGCACCCAGUUCCCUCGCCAUCGCCCCCGUCAGCGGGUGCAGGUGCGGCAUUCCCGCGCUCCAGGUCACCGUUUAAUCAUCCCGAUGAUACGUUAUCAGACAUUUCGAGGGUUAGCGGGCGGCGACGUGAUAUCAAUGGUGAUGAGGCUGGAGAUGCGGAUGCAGAUGCGGAUCGUGCGAGUGUCAUUUCUUCUGUUUCGUCGAUUGAUGAGCAUGGACAUGGUCAUGGUCAUGGUCAUCGGGAGCUUGGCGGGCAUUGA